AUGACUGACGCAGCGAACGAAGAACUACCGACUUAUUAUGAGGUUCUCAGAGUGGACGAGGACGCCGAGCCAAGUGAAGCAUAUCUUCGGAUCGCCCAAAAGUGUCAUCCCGACAAAUGUUUGGAUAACCCGUUAGCGAAGGAGACGUUUCAGGAGUUGCAAAAGGCGUAUGAGGUGUUAUCGGAUCCCCAAGAGAGAGCGGCUUACGAUGAGAGACUGGAUAAGCUUCAAAAUCCUAUCUUGCCACCUCCAAUGCCGACCUCCUCGCAUUCUGUCUUUGAAGCAGAGUUUGCGCCAUCAACCCGCAUACCAGCAAGACCUCGAUUCGCUCAACCUCCCCCUUAUCAUCCGCUUUUCAACAUGCCAAUCAUCAUAUCAUCUGACAUCGUUUGGGUCAAAGCAAGGCUGUCUCAAAGAGUCCAUCAUCCGCAAAAAAUCCUUCAUCCUUACUGGCGACCAAUUGCGGAACGAGUGCCCAUUCCUCCGCCCCCUCCUCCUCAAUUCCGUCCUUUCCCUUCUUCAAUUCCACCCCUGCCCAGGGAGUAUGUACAGAGAGUCAUGAUAGAUAUGGAGGUUCAUAUGGCGAGAGUGAGAUGGUUGGCUGAAGUAAGAGCUAGAGGUGGAGGGUGUCGAUGA